GUUUAGGGGGUCGCGAUGUCCCUUGCGGAGCGACAGCGAAUGGAGGAAGAGGAGGGGGAAGGAGUCGGCGGCGGGGAGGAAGUGGUUCAGAUCCGGUUGGGGGACAAGUGCUACCCGGUGUGCAAGAGGAAGCUGAUCGAACAGAGCGACUAUUUCCGAGCCCUGUACCGUUCGGGUAUGCGGGAGGCAGGGCAGGGCCAGGAAGAGCAGCUGUUGCGCGGAGGGCUGAGCGCGCUAGGACUCGAGCUGGUGCUGGACUUCAUCAACACUUCCUGCCUGGCCUGGUUGGAGCAGGAGGGUGAGGAGGAGCCCCCUCUGCUAGAGGAGCUGGUGGAGGCCGCCUCCUAUCUGCAGGUCACUCCCCUGCUGCGCUUGCUGCUCUCCCAGGUGCGACUGGGCAACUGUCUGGAGCUACACCACUUGGCCCAGGUCUAUGGCCUGCAGGACCUGCACGAUGCCUGUUUGGACUUCAUGGCUUCCCAUUACCACCAGGUGCUGCGCAGGCCCGAUACCCACCUCCAUCUGCCUCACGCUCUCCAACAGCACCUGAAGGAGAGGCGGAUGAGAGGCACUGCCACUCUGGUGGCCAUUGGGGACUUCAUGGGUACCUCAUCCCUGGGCCUGUCCCCAGGCUGUCACCCACAGCCAGAGGCCCCGUGGUCCAUGCUGAGGUACAACGAGGAAGCAGAGCAGUGGCUACCCCUGGCCAACAACCUACCUCCAGAUCUGGUGAAUGUGCGAGGCUACGGGUCGGCCAUGCUGGACAACUAUCUCUUCAUCAUUGGGGGGUACCGGAUCACCACCAGUCAGGAAAUCUCAGCUGCCCAUUGUUACAACCCUUGCCUAAAUGAGUGGAGUCAGCUGGCUUCAAUGAACCAGAAGAGGUCAAAUUUUAAGCUGUUGGCUGUAAAUGGAAAGCUCUAUGCCAUUGGCGGUCAAUCCCUUUCCAAUGUGGAGUGCUAUAACCCAGAAAAUGACUGGUGGAGUUUUGUAGCAUCCAUGCCAAAUCCUCUUGCAGAAUUCUCAGCUUGCGAGUGCAAGGGCAAGAUUUACGUUAUUGGAGGAUACACCACACGAGAUAGGAAUAUGAACAUCUUGCAAUACUGUCCUACUUCUGAUUCUUGGACCAACUUUGAACUCUGUGAUGUCCAUGUUCGGAAACAACAGAUGGUCUCUGUUGAAGAAACAAUCUAUCUAGUAGGAGGUUGUAUUCAUGAACUUGCACCAAACCAAAAGUCCAGCCAAAGUGAAGAUGUGUUAACUGUGCAGUCUUAUAACACUGCUACCAAAGAAUGGCUCUACCUCAAAGAGAACGCAUCAAAGUCGGGUCUUAACUUGACUUGCACUCUACACAAUGAUGGAGUUUAUAUAUUGAGUAGGGAUAUUACUUUAUCUACGAGCUUGGAGCACCGUGUUUUUCUGAAGUACAAUAUAUUUACAGACAGCUGGGAGUCACUGAGACGCUUUCCAGCCUUUGGACAGAACAUACUGAUCUGUUCUAUGUAUUUGCCUGAUGUGUGAGAUGUGUAAUGGCAUCAGGUUUUUCUUUGCAGCUCAUUAAUCAUUCUCAGAAGACAUAUUACUCCUUCUGUGUAAUUCCAGUUUCAGAAUGUAAUACCUAUGUGAUUGCAUAACAUAGGUAUAAAAUACAGAUUCUUCUCUUAAAAAGUUUCGAAAUCCGUUAUUAAGAGCAAUAGCUCUAGAAAUGGUUCUAAGGUUUCAGUUUAAUUUUCUUUUAUUUUGUAUUUAAAUUUCACUUAAACAUAAAUUUUUAUGUUGGUAACUAAUGAAGGAUAUAGUUCCAAAGGCAAAACUGGUUAUUCUCAUUUUAUUCUCCAUCAUUAUAGACAACGCAGAAGAGAGAGUACACAUGGUGAAAGUGACUAUCAUUAAAUAAAAUAAAUGCUAUGUAAAAUACUGUAUAUAAGAGAAAUCAAAAAAGGAAUUUUUUUAAAAUACAAUUUUUACACAAACUGUGUUCUAUUGAACGCAUAAUGUUAAAAAUUGCUUACACUCUCAUGUUAUUCUCUCUUCUACAGUCACAAGUGAGAGUUUCAAGGGUUCCAGCAAGUAGAUAUCACCAAGAAACAUCCCCUGAGUUUUUUUUUUCAUAAAAUGCUUCACGAGGGACUGGGAAGAAUUACCUGGAGACUGAAGUUUCUAUCUGGAUUUUAGACAUUGCUUUAAUGGCAGUUAGCAGAAUUUAUGGUUGCCAUUAUGACAAAGGUAAAAAGUCUGCAAAUUCAAAUGAAGGAGUUUGCUCAUCUUUCAGAAGAUAUUCAGUUUUAGUUAUCCUGUUUUCUGCAGUGCUGAAUGUUAAAAAUCAAAUUAUAGAAACAAAGAAACAGGUGUUAGCAGCAAGCUGCGUUGUAGGAAGAUAUACAUGAGUACACACUGCGGUGAAUCUGCAGCAGGCACUUACUGCUUGAUAACAGUCACCUAGGGCAAAAGAGGAGACUGAAUCACUUGAUGGUCAGGGUUCAUUUUGUAAACAACUUCCUUAUGACACCAGCUCUAACAGGUGUAUGUGGAUGUUGACUUUCUUGUUUUACCAGUAGCCUGAUAGAUAAAACCAGUUUGCUACCUGAAGUUUGUUAGUUUCUCCAAAGAACAUAAGGGAAUAGUCGCCGUAGAUUCUCAUUUGUGUUUCCUAGAUUCUACGUAUUGCUUGAGACUCUUCUCUUUUUGGAGCCUUCCUCCUGAAGGCCUUGGUUGUUAUCACGGGAAGGUUUCACAACUGCAGCCUUUGGGAAAGAGAGAACCGGAUUAGGCAUAUAUUGAACAGAUUGCACUGAUGUUGAUUUUGUGCCAGCUCUUUCUCAAAAUGAUGAUAUGUUAUUCACUUGAAUAUGUUCAAGGGGAGAUAUUUUUUCCCGCUUUUGAAAUUCAAGAAUCUGAAUUGACUUUUGAAAAUGGAUGCCUAUUGUGCAGAGAAGGAAAAGACUGCAAUGGUUCCCCCAAGGUUCUUUUAACUCCCAUCUUUUCCAUGGUCUUGAAAUAAAUUGAAGCUAAAAGAACUAUCAGACAACUAUCUCUCACACAUUUUGUGCUUAGGUGCGUAACUUUGAUGCUUCUGAUCAUGUAUAGCAACCCAAAUAGAAAAUUCCAGGAAACUCUGUUUGUCUAGUGUGGACACUAACCAAGGUACUUUGAAUAUCCAGAAUUAACCUUCUGGGUGGUAUUUUUGCAGUCUGGCAGAGCAUGUUAUGCUUAAGCCCCAGAUAGUGUCUGCCAUUCAUCUGUAUGCAUGAAUUUCACGAGUUUUAGCCUUUGUCUAUUUGUUAGUUUUCAUUCCUUUGAAAACUUCAUGCACUGAGCGGCUGCUGUGUUAUGACAGUUGCAUCAGACCAAACAAUGGCUUUUCUACAAUGAAGAAAUAGGGUGACUUUCCUAAAAUUCUUAAGUGAUUUGUUUUUAACUUUUAUAAGUGUUUUACAAUAAAUAUAAGCACUGUU